AUGGCACCAUAUGCUAAUUUAAGCGUUGGGACUAUAUCAUACCCAAAGUUGGUAGGCAAGCCGUGGAUACACAAACGGAUUUCUGCUGCUAUCGAGUCCAAGAAACUCCGGAACGACGUACCAAUCUUUCGCCUUCACAGUAUGAUUAUCAAUGAGAUACCUCAAAUUCGUCUUUGUAAGGAGGAAUCAAUAAAAUGGGACCCAGAAGGUGUUCCUAAUGAGAACAGCUCCGGCUAUGAAGAUCUCGUAGCGGACGAUGAUUCGGAUUACAAGGUCUUGAAACAAUCUUUCAUAUUUGGUGUUCUCUUCACGUACAUCGAAAACUAA